AUGGUCAACUUCGAUCGGAUCCUCACACUCAUCGACUCAACUAUCAUGUCCAUCAUUGACCGUCCCAGUCCCAAGUGCCAGCAAGGCUAUGCCGAAAACAACUCCCAUGGAGAAGUUGGCAUGGAACCAAUUCAUGGAGCAUCGGCUCAAUUGAACGGCGGCAAAAUUUAUCCCAUUUAUCCCAAUGAGGAGACGAAACUCGACAGAGGACCGAUCGUGCGCUCAAUGAGAUACCGGCGACGAAGCAAAACCGCUGGUGCCGGUAGGUCGGUACUGGAUCUGGGGAAGUCUCAUGGUUUCUUCCUAGAAUGUGCUCCAACAGACGAUCGAUUGAAAGAACUAGGGAAGCGGUGGCUCAUUCCCGAAUUUCUCCGCCGACGAUUGCUAUACUGCGGUCCUUUCUUCAUACGGUUCGAGGAGGCUGAGUCACGGAACCACCUUGGAGGAGGUGCUUCAAGACUCGUUACCAAGAACCACCACGAGCUGUCGGACUCCUUAUACGAUGGCAGUAGCGAGGGUUUUGCCGAGCAAAUGGGGAGAGCAUGGCCCGAGUCAUUUGGAUCACUGAUCACGCAACAUGAACAAGCCCCUCGGUUCCUGUGGAAGUGUGAUGCGCCGCACGUUGACGACAACACAGAAUACGUCUGUCGAAAAUCCGCGAUGCAAGGCGAGCGCCAACUCCUCGAGGUUCUCUUUCGGGGAUUCAAGAUCUAUCAUGGGCCUUCAGAUGAUUUACUGUGGCAAGUCAUGCCAAAAAUCACCACCAGCGUUUUGUCCAUGUCAACAAUUGCUUUUCUUGAGAGCCUGUUUGCCCCAACCCACAUCAGCCACGUUGGGCUGGGGACUCUGAGUGACAGGUUCCCCAUCCAGGCCACUACACCUGUUCUCCACAGCACAGGAGACUUUGGCGAGGGCGAUUGGCUAUGCGUCCGGUUCAACAUGCGCGCCUGCAUUCCCGAUGAUGGAAGCCACCGCGCCAAGCGAUUCAAGAACGGGCAUGGCAUCUCCCCCGAGAGUCUGGGCUUUCCUCUCAAGCGCCAGACAGCCCGGAUCCCGGGAUUUUUCGGGGCCAAGGACCAGUUCGCCGUUGAGUACCUUCUAUCUGUCGCGAUUGUGAUGAGGAAGAGACUGCAAACGCGCGCGUCAUCCAUCGUCAAGCACAGCGUGGUAGUCUGGUUGGACUACCAGACUGACUUUGACAGCAGCGCCGGACGUGGGUCUCUUUUCCCUGCGCUGUCUGACAGGGUCGAUCUGGAUCUGAAGCUCAAAGACUGCGGAGCCGGGGGAGACGGUAUCUUCGAGUUCCUUGUUGUGCUGGUCAGAGCGAUAAACCACUGGAGAGUAUGCUGGGACGUGACUAUGGGCCGGAUCGACGAUUUUGUCAGCAUUCAGCUCCAAGAUACCCUGGAUAGGAGGAGGUGGGAAACGCUUAUGUUUGACGACUCCUUUCAACAAUCGGAGCAGUAUUUCACCGUGCUUCAGCUGCUGCGCAUCUUCCACGACUAUAUUAAGGAGGUAGAAGAAGGCAUCGAAGACCUAAGAGAGGAGCUGCUUAGCCAGUGCAGAUCAUGGAAAGCCUGGCGACAGCGAUACACAGCAGAGGAUGAGAAAGCGUGGCCCUUGGACAUGCAAAACCUGGAAGCCGACCUCGAGAGCAUCAAGGGUUUCUUCGACCUUCGAGUUGUUCCCCUGAAAGAACGCCUGGAAAGGAAGAAGAUCGAAGUGGAAAGUCUACGAGAUGGUCUCCUGAAUGCUGCCUCGCUUCGUGAGACUCUCAAGGCGAAGACGCUGAACUUGUACAUCGGGGUCUUCACCUUCGUGACGGUGCUCUUCUCCCCACUGGGCUUCAUGGCGGCCUUUUGGGCAAUACCAUUCUUGGCACCAAGCUCCCAGAAUGCAACACUGGGGGGUUUUGUCACCAGUUUCGUGGCUGUGCCCGUGAUCACGUACCUGGUAUCUGCUGCGUUCAUCGUCUACGUCUGGGGCCGCUCAUCUCGCAGCGUCGGGGAAUUCGUUUACGACCAGGUCCUAGCGGCGACAUGGGCUGUUUAUGGAAGGACGGUCAUGGCUCUGAAUCAAGUGCUGCUUGUAGCCAAGGGGGUUUGGGGCCGCUCACCUCGCAGCUUGAGAAGAUUCGCUUACGACCAGUUCCUAGCGGCACCGUUGGCUGUUUUGAGUUGGACGUUCUUGGUUUUAGAUCUGCUCCGGCGCGUAGCGGAGAGAGUCUGGAGCCUCUCACCUCGCAGCUUCGGAAGAUCCGUUUACGACUGGAUCCGAGCGGCGACGAGAGCCGUUUGUGGAAAGACGGUCAUGGCUUUUAAUGAGCUGAUGCACGUCGCCAAGACGAGGAAGAAUACACCAUCCGACCACAGCGGUUUGACUACACGGGUUUGA